GCCAUAGAUCCCUCUGAGACCAGCUGAAUGCUCUUUCACAUGCCAACUCCACCUCCACCGACAAGCUCGAUUAUCGAUCUAUGCAUGUGAGAAGACAGCCAAACAAUGUCCAGUGAGAUGGGGCUGCAUGGUGGCGCUGCCAUGAUGCUCAGAUCCGCAUACCCGUCUCCAAAUCACCCAUAAUCCCCAUCAUAAGAGCAAAAAUGUCGGAGCAACAAGUUGCUGUGCCACUCCGUCUACAGGCCUUUGUGCUCAACCAGUCUAUCAUUGACGAAGGAGAUGUGCGACUGGCCCCCAUCACCCAGCCCAACUUCACGGGCUUGAGGAUAGAUCCUGCUGUCAUCCAGAACGACGUCCAGGAACACGUCGACCCCACCAGCGCAAAGCCGAGCACCACAAACAGUCGAAUCACCCAUCUGGAUACCGGAGAACUACGUCGUUCCAGAUGCGGUGUCUACCUGCACUGGGAAAUCCCCAGAAUGUACCGUGGGGGUGCGGCAGCGACCGAGAGUGGCGAUUCCCGUUCUCAAUUUCGGAAUGAAAAGGGGCUCUCCGAGGAGACUGCCACUCCAGCGACUCCCGACUUCUUACCCAUCCCAAACCGAUGGCUGGUCACCAGGAGGAUUGACCCAGACGCUGUCGUUCUCAACCCAACAUCAAAGCAGCCAGCCCAACCCAUUCCGCAAUUCCGGUCGUGGGUGGUUGAGAGUGAUCGCAUCCGGACUUUAGAUGAAUUCCCCAAGAAUGCCGACAUCGAGGUUGAGUCCGUCCCCUUCCUACACGGCGCCGACACAACAAGUGAUAGCAUCAAGGCGCAAGCUCAGGUAUUCGUCGGUCAAGUCUUUGAUGCGCCUGAAUGGCCGGGCGAGGACAGAACUGUUCCCCGCGCGAAUCUGUCAGUCCUAGCAAGCUCGAACCCGCUAUUUGCCGACUACCAGCCUUUCAACUCCGGCGUUUUCUCCUUGAUCGACAAUUUCCAGUACAUUGACGAGACCAAUUCCAUCGACUACUUUGCUGAAGCAACUGCGAGCUAUUCUGUUAUAGGAUGGCAUUCUGAUGCAUCUCAAGACCCAUUCAGCGUUUCUAACGUACCUCACUCGAAGCUGCUGCAGAGAUCAUUUAUGAGUCUAUAUGCGAGUGACCAAGGAAAUUCCUUUGAGCAUACUUGGGUGCAACAGUCGUCCCCCACCCGCGGUAUCUACCAUGGUGCAAUGUACAACGUGAACUGGAUCGACAAUGGUACACCGUCCACAUGGCCUGGAAAUAAGUUCGCCAAGUCCUUCAACAAUUCGCAACCACUUGCCGUGGGAAACACUGCCAUGGAUGCUCUGGUCGCAUAUCUACGUACCAUCGCAAAACCCACAGAGUUGGAGGUUGCGCUCCUAGCGCUUCAGAAUCUACUGAUCAAACAGAAUGACGGCGUAGAUGUGCAGCAGGAAGCAGCGGACUUGCUGAGCACACGGAACUUCUCCAGCUCGACGGGCGGCCGUUGGUGGACUCUCUCUGGCGAACAAAGUGGUUCCUUUUCGCGCGUUGCGACAUCUUCCGGCACUAAAAGCCCCCUCGAUGAGCUGGAUAAUGUCAAUAAACAACAACGGGCCCUAAACAUCAUGCGUCGUGAGAAGUCACUUCUCCAAUGGGAGCUAUUCGCGGAAUGGUGGAAAGCUGUCACGCUCCCUGCCGGGACUAAAGUUGACGACACCCUCGCUAAGAAGAUUAUUGGGCGCCUGCUUGAUCUAGGGGACGAUACCCUUCCAGGCUCUCAGAUCGGCAAGGCUUUCCAGGAGAUCAAGGAUUCAGUGCAUUCCUUGAGCGACUCGUCGACAGUAGUACAUGCAACGGAACAGCCCUUCCUCGGAUUGAAAGACCCCACCGUCCUCCUGGCUGGAGUAUCAUCCCCAUGGCCGACAAAUUACGCGGAUAAUCUGGCUGUACGUUUGGCUUCUCGUAUUGCGACGAGCGCAACUGUUAUUGGACCAGUACCCCCUUCCACGGACUCCCAACCCGACUGGAAGAGCUUGGAUGCGUACAUAACCGCGCUCGGAAGGGGAGGAUUUGUUUUCCCUUCAGACCUUUGGGACAACAUUGUCCGGCUCCUACUCGAAUUUCGUACACUGCGUCCCCAGCUUGACCCAGAUGGCAAGCCCGUUCCCCUCGAUCUAAGUCCAAGCGGCGCAACCUUCCCUAGUUUUCAUGACGAUGGUACAAUGAGUAGGAUCGAUGGACUCGAUAGGUGGAUGGAUACCCAGCCAUUCUUCCCUCUAUUCCUAGAGUGGGAAGGUGAGUAUUCUCACGUUGAAUAUGAUAGCUGGGCUCUGGAAGAUGUGGCGUCCACAUGUACCCCAGGCACGGUCACAGGAGUGAAGAAACUCCAGUAUGUUGUUAGUACGGACUUGCGUAACAAGAAAUUGAGCGUGCGUGCGCUUUCGGGUCGUACGCUCAUCCUCCCGCAGGCGUCUCUCUCCUUGGAGCAGAGCGUCAAGCAAAUACUCGCGCAAACACCCCCCGACCAGAAUCCCCUGGAUCCUGGCCAGGUCGCCACAAUUGUAGACAACCUCAGACAGCUCCCCGUGCUGUCGGCAACCUUGACUGGCUUCACAAAUCACCUGAGGACGCAACUUGCAGGAGGCCAUGUCAAGCCUCUUCUACGAUCCCCGGGGAAACUGCCUGUGCCGAUGGAAGCGGGCGUCGUCAGCCACACCGCUUUUACCAUCGACAGUUUGGCAUUGAUGGGCCAGAAGACGGGAACAACGCCAUACGGUAAUCUCGUCAGUGUAGACCCAAGCACUUGUCCAUUCAAACCCGCAACGCAUGGGCAGUUCAAGUUCACAAAGUUCAACCUGAUCGACAGGUUUGGGCAAACUGUCUGCGCAAUAACGCCCAGCCCACGGCGGACUGACGGGACCACGGAGAAGAAUCGGUUGUAUCCCUGUCUGAGCGAUAACUACAAGCCGCAGCUCAGAGCAGACGGCACCUUCAAUACCGUUGAACCAGACCCUGAUGGAAAGUGUAGUUUUGUCCAAAUCCCCCCUUACAUCAAUCAAGAUGCUCGCAUCAACGCCCACAUUGUCGUUGAAGACAUGGAUCCCAAUACCUCGAGCAAAUGGCGCGUUGCCGAGGAAUGGGAGCAGCAGGCCGUUGGGUGGAUAGUCGUGAAUUUUCCAGAUUUUGGACUGCAAAUUUUCCAGCCCGACGGUACAUUCUACCGAGAGCUUCGCAACGGCGGUCCUUGGCCUGUUGGAGAGGGCAUCGGCGCGAAAUGGCAGCCAUUUGAACGGCCGAAGAAUCCACCAGACGAUACUGCACUCGACAAGUUCAUUGCACAGUUGGAGAAGCCGGAAUACAUGGCUCAUAUCUUCACGCUUCUCUCGUCCGCUGCCGCAGACUUGCAAAGCACCCCGAACGAGUACUCGGGUUAUCUCCAAGCUCUGAUCGGGAGGCCGUUCGCCAUCGUAAACAUGGGCUGGUCGCUCGAGCUUGCCACAGCACCUCUUUACAACCAAGCAAGUGGUACAGCCUCGCAACCUCCUCCAUUCCUGUUGCCGCCCAAUACAUCCCGCUCGCCUGUGCCGCAAACGUAUUCCUUCCCUUUAAAGCUCGGGGACCAGGAUCGCAAAUUCGAUGGGCUCGUGUGUUAUUUCAAUGCCAUCUCGAACAAUGCUGUGGACUACAGUACGAUCAUGUACUACGACAAGGCAACCCAACCUUCCGUGUUCCCGCGCCCGCCUCCGCCCGCCGCAUCUACAGUACCCUUCCCCACGCUCUCACCUUUCUACAUCCCGGCUCCUACAAGCGGCUCGGGUCCAGCUGUGACGGACUCCUACAACAAAGAACUCCAAGUCUUCGGCGCAAUCAUAGAUCCAUUCAACACAGUCCAUGGCUACUCUAGUAUCCUCCCAGUCAAACAACUCACGUUUCCACACUGGAGACUUGAAAAGGCACUGCGGUCCAUGACAUACUUCUUCCAAGCUGGGCCUCUCUUAGUGCCCAAAGACGUGCCACCCUUCAACAAGGACUAUAUUGUCAGUUCCGACAGUCCCGUCGCGGCCGGCGAGAAAUUGGUCCCAGAUUUUGCCUUGCCGGUUCCCGCAGUUGCGGUGGGGGAUUGGAUGUGGUUGCAACCACAUCUUCAAGAUGGACUGCUUGUUCAUAAUCCCUUGGCUCUGAAUACGAAUGGCGAUGAGCUGGCGAAGUUCGAGAAGGUGCCGUAUACGGCUGUGGAGGGGUAUAUGCAAUUGAGGGGCCCGCUUGAGAAGGAGGACGCGAAGAUUAAGACAUGAGAAGUUCUUUGCUUUUUGGACUUGUAGUGAUGGAUAUUGCAAGUGCUCCUUCUUGUGGCUAUCUUGACGAGCGUCCCUCAUAAGUAACUUUUAGUGUUGACUUCAAAUGGCAGAGUCAAGUGAAAACUUGCUCACUGCUUACCUCCG